CCCUAUAACUCCUCAUGGCUCUUAAUCUUUUAACAUUUUCAAUCUCCUUCUUCCUUUUCUUUGUAACGAAGCCAUUUUCAAUUGUUGAGCCAAGAACCCUAGAAGCCUCCGAGGAUUCAUUCCUCAGAACUCUUCGAAAUCUAAGGGGCAUCAGAAAGGGACAAAGGGUGAGAGGCACGAUCGAACUCAAGAGCUACCUCAACAAAUAUGGCUACCUAAACAACUAUUCACACAACAACCACUUCGACGAAACCGUAGAGCUUGCUCUGAAGCAGUACCAAGUGUUCCAUCACCUACCAGCCACAGGUCACAUGAAUGCCGAAACCCUAAGAAAAAUGAGCCUCCCACGUUGUGGAGUACCCGAUGUUGUUGUCACCCCACAACAUGACGACGACAACCUUAAAGGGUUAGCGAUUCUCGCAAACUAUACCUUCUUUCGCGGGUCACCGAGAUGGGACGAGUCAAAGAGGGCACUGACCUAUAGAUUUGAGUCAAGUGCUAACGUGUUGAGAAUGGAUCUUGUGAGGUAUGCAGUGAACAAUGCGUUCCGAAGUUGGUCAAGAGUGAGUGACUUCACAUUCACCGAGAUUCCAUUUCAGAAUAGUUUUGGUUCUUACUUCUACCCUAAUUAUAACCCUAACCCGAUUAACAUAGCCAUAGGAUUCCACCGUCGAGACCAUGGAGAUGGGCACCCGUUUGAUGGGCCGGGUCGGGUUUUGGCCCACACUUUUGCACCACAAGAUGGGAGGUUACACUUUGACGCUGAUGAGUCGUGGGUUAGUGACCCUAGAGGUGAAAGUAUCGGGUCGGGUGAGGAUGCGGGUUGGGAGUGGGUUUGGGGUCAGGGUUGGCGGAGGAGAGUGGCUCCAAGGGCAAGAAGUAGAGAAAUUGAUUUGGAAAGUGUGGCAUUGCAUGAAAUAGGUCAUCUUUUAGGACUUGGACAUAGUAGUGUUCCGGACUCAAUCAUGUACCCUAGUUACGAAGGAGUGAGGAGAUAUUUAAGUCAAGAUGAUAAAGAUGGUAUAGCAGCUUUAUAUGGUUAUAAAAAAUAGGGUUAGAUAUAUUUUUCAUCCAUCAACUUUCAG